UCUCCCUCGCGCCGCUGCGUUCGUGGCUCUGUCCCCGCCCUGGGCUGACGCUGUUUUUGCAAGUGAGCGCCUCGGUUUUGCCUUUGAAUUGACUCUUUGGAGCUCGUGGUGGUACUGAAGGAACUUUUCCUGAGAUUCCGGUGUAUCUGGACCCCGAGAGGACAAGCCAGUCGGCCUCAUAACUACAACAAUGAUGUUCUUCAAUUCCAUUUGUCACAUUGAGCUGAUAUAGCGCAGCACAAAGCAUUGUUCGAAAGCAUCUCAUAAGGUUCCCGCUCCGAGCUCGUCGCCCGUUGCUCGCUGCUGCCUCUCAGGAGACGCUCUUCUGUGACACAUACUUCCCUCCCCCAACUCUCUCACUUUGUCAGUGCUUAACUCCCACAGAUAAACAGUUAGAGUCCACUCUCACACACCAAAGCCCCUCAGGUCGCCCCUUUCAGUCCCAGAGCACAAACCUCGCCCAGAGUCAAAACCCGUAGCCAAAUAGCCUCCCUCUUCGGAAAGCCCAACACUCGAGCCCCCCCUUCACACAACACCUAAAAUGGAGCCGUUCUCGGAAGAGCUUCUUCCCUUCGUCAUCGCGGGCUUUUUCAUAGCCUUCGUGCUGGCCUUCGGUGUGGGAGCCAAUGACGUGGCCAACUCCUUCGGGACUUCGGUGGGCUCCGGAGUUCUCACCCUCCGAAAGGCCUGUCUGCUGGCCACUGUGUUCGAAGUGCUCGGCGCCAUCCUCAUAGGAUACAAAGUGUCGGACACAGUACGGAAAGGAAUCUUGGAUGUCUCUCUCUACAACAACACCGAGAAGGAGCUCAUGCUGGGGUCCCUGGCUGCCCUUGGUGGCAGCGCCAUCUGGAACCUCGUGGCCACCUUCUUCAAGCUCCCCAUCUCCGGCACCCACACCAUCGUCGGCGCGACGGUCGGCUUCUCCCUCUGUGCCCGCGGCUUCGACGGCGUCAACUGGACCACCUUCGGAAAGAUCGUUGGAUCAUGGUUCAUUUCUCCUGUUCUCUCCGGCGUCAUGUCCGGCGUCAUCUACCUCCUCCUCAACCACUUCAUCCUGAAGAAGGAGAAGCCCCUGGAACCCGGUCUCAAGGCUCUCCCCUUCAUCUACGGCCUCACCCUUCUCGUCAACGUGUUCUCCGUCGUCCAUGAUGGCCCAAGGAUGCUGCACUUCGAUGUGAUUCCCUGGUGGGGCGCCGUCAUCACCUCUCUGGGCGUUGGCGUCCUCACAUCUCUCUUCGUCCAGUGUAUCAUCGUCCCACGCCAGAGGAAAGCCAUUGAAUCUGAUUUGGCCAAGGCUGCCUGCAAGCAAGACCACGAAGUCAAGUUCACCUUCGAAUCCGCAGACAGCCUAGAAAUGGCCGAACUGUUGUAUCAUGAAGAUAACAGCCGCUCCCCCACACCGCCCGGCCAGGAGCUGUCCGUGAUUGAGAAGGGCGUCUCCCCCACCACGUACACCUUCAACAGCAGCGCCACCGAGACCAACGGCUACAUCCCCGCCGAGACCAAGGGCAACCUGCUGGGCAACGGCCUCAACAACACCUGCCCUUCGUCACAGUCUCUUGGCAUCACCCACAACAGUAGUCAGGUUCCUCUCGUCAAUGCCAACCAAGUCAAGAUCGUCUCCAUGGACGAACUCACUGACAAGAAGGAGGCUGAGACUGACAGGCCCGAGGUGAAGCGCCUCUUCUCGUUCCUGCAGAUCCUCACGGCCACCUUCGGCUCCUUCGCCCACGGCGGCAACGACGUCAGCAAUGCCAUCGGGCCUCUCAUCGCCUUGUGGGCCAUCUACACCGAGGGUUCCGUGGCCCAGAGCUCCCCCACUCCCAUCUACAUCCUCUUGUAUGGCGGCAUUGGCAUCUCUGUGGGUCUGUGGGUGUGGGGUCGCCGUGUGAUCCAGACCAUCGGCGAGGACCUAACCAAGGUGACUGCCUCCUCCGGAUUCACCAUUGAGAUUGGCUCUGCCUUCACCGUCUUGCUGGCCUCCAAGGCUGGCCUCCCCAUCUCCACCACUCACUGCAAGGUUGGCUCCGUCGUCUUCGUGGGCUGGGCCAAGUCCAGCCGACAGGGUGUCGACUGGGGACUCUUCAGGAACAUUGUGAUCGCCUGGGUUGUGACCGUACCUCUAACGGCCGGUAUAUCUGCUCUACUCAUGUUGAUUCUGCAGAUCGCCUUCUUGUAAACAACUCUCAGUUGCUGUGAUACUCCCCAAGGGGGAAGGGGAGAGAGGGAGAACAGACAUCACCCCUCACGCAUCACCAAAGCCCCCACCAUCACCUCCACGAUCUCUUACGACUGCUUCCUCCAAAGCUCAUGUCGUGACAUCGAACUUUGGGACGCCCUUGCACUGGACGCCAGUGACGCCAGGUCACUGAAGGGAUCACCCAGUGCAGGUCGAGCCCUCUUCAUCAUUACACAACACACCAGUAUUAAAUAUCUUCCAUUAUUACCCCGCGAGUCAUUCACUUCGGGUACGAACUGUGAGGAGUCGCCAGUCCAGCACUGCGGGCACGGGUAAUGGGGGGAGAGAUUAGCGUCCCUCCUUGAUUGCCCUCCUAGCGACCCUGCACACGCUUCCCUGCACACCACCAUCGUUACCAAACAUCUCUGACUGUUGCUGCCCGAGUUUUGUCUCUGAAACCUCUUCUCCACGCACGGAAGCAGUAUGACCCCAGAGCUUGAAGCCCGUUACACCCGCUUUAUGUCGAUUGUAACUAUAGUAUAUCUUUAACUUCGUGGAAAUAUUCAGCAAUCCAUUCGUGCACUUUACUCCUAUUCCAGUUGUUAACAUGCACUGAAUAUUAAUGUCGUCUAGGUAGAGACUCGUAAACUUUCUAUGUAUAUAGAUGUCCACAUACGCACUGAUUGUGCAGAAGUCAUGACCGAAGUGCAGCUGCUAUUCCGAGGAUGUCGUCGUACGGUUUUUCCAGCCCCGCUCUUGCAGUGAGCGACGCGCCAAGAUGUCACCGAGGCACAGUGUUACCAGCCCAAUCAAGCAACGUAGGGAAGGUGAGAGCCAAAGGCAGAGCAGGUUUCUAGAAGUGUGGUGUAGUCAACGCCUCCGACAGAGCAAUCUGGUGUGGAUGAAGCCAAUAGAUUUGUUUUCUAAAAGUGAAACAGUCGUAUUUCGCGACUGCUCCUCACACCUGGCCUUAUUGCUGCGUGAUCAGAUACUAAUUUUUGACAAUCAAUUCUUGUUUUAAUGCAUCAAGUAAGAUCUGUUUCUUACCAUACUUUCAAGCUUACCAUUGGCAUUCAUUUAGGUCACCGGAGGCUACGAAUUCUGGAGGAACUAGCUCGACUCGACUCAUCCCCACCCUCCUCAUCCACAUCCAGGAGGGGUUCAUCAUUUCAUAUCCAAAUCUAUUCAUCCAUGGAUUGCAACCCCCAGCAAAACAUGUUCACAUUUAUAUCAUUCUUAUUUACCAUAAAUUGCGGUUUUUCGGACUCUGAAGAGGUCGCGUAGGCCGCUAUAUUAUUAUUUUCAUUAUAAGGACAUUGAAGCACAUUUAUAUUUUGUAGGAACAGCGUGAGUGGAAGUGUGGUGAAUACAAGCAUUAGGGAAUGUCUAGGUUAAUCUUAAUUUUUUUAUAAAGCAAGUCAACUUCAUGGGAAAAAGAUUUCCGGAGACUUCUUUGGAAGAAAGUACUGCAUAAAAACACCUCUCCUCUCUCGUUGGAAAGUGUAUUUGAAAAAGAGGAUGCUUGAAAUCUUUUGCUGAGUUCAUAUUUUCUUAAGAACACGUUAUUUUUGUAUCAUUAUAGUCAUUUCUAAAACGUUUAGAGUGUAUUUAAGAAAAUUAUUAGGAGAUGAAACGAGAGAAACCUGAUUGAUCAUUAUGAUAGGAGGAUAAAACAGUCAUUUUUGGGUCAGUUGUAGGUUUAAUCGCUCUUUCUUUCACAGAUUGUUGAAUUUUGAUAUGAUACUCUGUUGACUGUUUUGUUCACAUGUGUGUCAUGGCAAUGAGGAGAGUGAUAGAACAAAACGUAAUCUGUAAUUUAUAUAUAUAUAUAUAUAUAUAUAUAUAUAUAUAUAUAUAUAUAUAUAUA